GCCCUCUCGCUCACCUCCGCAACUCACCGUCGACAGUCCGUUUUCCACGCGCUUCUCUCCAUGCCGGUGCGCUGGAGGCGCUCUGUCAGAAAUAUCUCUCUCUAGGUACUCGGCUUGCAUCCAACGUCUCUUAGACGUCAGCUUCAAUCGUCUCGUCUCCGAUCCAACGCAUGAAUGAAUGUCCUGGUGUUUGUCGUCUGCUGUGGUCUGUUUCUGCAUCGGCGGAUGCGUCGAUGCCGGUGCGGUGUGCGCACGGGACAUACUGCCGUUGCUCUCCCACCUUUCUGAGCUUCACCUUUCAACAGUGCGACGAAAACCCAUCACGAGGGCUUCGUAACAGCGAUAAGUGCCGUUCCCGUUGACUCUGUACAAAAAGCCAGCUCCGGUAUCGACAGCAAGAUGCCUCCCCUGAACAUUAAGUCUAUGUCCAAGGAGCUGGACACGAAGACGCUGUGCCAGCUGCAGUCCACCGCUUCGCUGACGCCGAGUGUGGCGACUGCCGUGAACAACAACUUAGGGUCUCCCACAGAGGGUCCUCCCGAAGAAGAGAUCGGCGAAGAAUAUAUCAUGGAUCCCGAGCUCUACGCGGCCAUUCCUGAGCCUCCGGACGGCGGCUGGGGUUGGAUGAUCGUACUCUCAUCCGUUCUCUGCAAUAUGGUUGUGGACGGCAUCACUUACACGUUCGGUAUAUUCUUCCCGGAAUUCGUCAGCUACUUCCAGGCACCCAAAGGAACAGUCGCCUGGGUAGGAUCGCUCCUCUCAGGAUGCUACCUCUCCGCAGGUCCUUUGGUGAGUGCACUUACCAACAGGUUCGGCUGCCGCACUGUGUGCAUUGGAGGUAGCAUUAUUUCCUGCAUUGCGUUCUUGCUCAGUACAGUUGUUCCUGACGUAGGCGCUCUUAUGUUUACCUUCGGCAUUAUGGGAGGAAUCGGAUUUGGCCUCAUCUACCUACCAGCAAUCGUGAGCGUGAAUCAAUAUUUUUCUAAGAAGCGGGCCUUAGCAACAGGAAUUGCCGUCUGCGGAUCUGGAUUAGGGGCCUUCGUGUUCGCGCCUUUCUGUCAGUACCUGCUUGGUGUCUACAACUGGAAAGGUGCAUUAAUGAUCCUGGCGGGGCUGUCUCUCAACUGUGCUGUGUUUGGUGCUCUGAUGCGUCCCUUAGUUGCGGAGGACAACCCACAUACUAAGCCGCUACUGCAGAGGAUAUGGGAAGAAAAAACGCGUCUGCGUCAGGACUCGCUUUGUAACAGUCAGUUCUUCCUGGUGCAGCAUGCAGAUGGGACAAUCGAGAAGCGGCCGAAACUCGUGCUUAACACGGAACCCGGGGUCCAUUCUACGCUUUAUCUCGAUCAGUGGGGGAGGUCCCCAAUGGAUACACCAGUGAUAACUCUGUCACCUAUCGAGGAGUCCCGUCCGUCGCAGAUGGGUUCCAGGGAAGAUCAGACCGAUGAUUCCGGUAAGGAAUCCGAAUGCAAUGCUUCCCCAGAAAAGCAGACAGAGAAGUUGCGAGAAGUUACUGCUCCUGACAAGGAAUCAGAAAACGUGCCAGGCAAGCAACAGGAUGCGCAAACCGAGAGACAACAGGAAGUGCAGCAAGAGGAGACACGAAAAUAUGAAAAGCCUGUUACAGAAACCACUGUCAUGCUUCCACAUGAAGAAGGGCGUGAAGAAACGCACAUUGACGUACCCGAUAUGCAUUUGCCUCCCAACGGGCACGUGCCAAACGGUGGCCCGCCAACGUCAGCCAUCCAAGAAUUCGCGAAAAGAAAAGGCAUAAUCCCUUCUCGAAGCGCUACUAAGCUCUUCUUGUCGAACAUUACAAUGGGCAGUGAGAUGCGUCGAAAUAGUUCUUCACCACGUAUGUCUGCUAGCAGUGUAAUUUACUCAACCAAUAGGCAAAGCCGAGGAAGCGAUGUCUGGAAGCGAGUUUCCCAAGAGACAGUUGCCGGUGGGCCACGAACCAUGCAGAAGGUCAAGAAGAAAGAUAUCGCUAGGCCAAUGUACCGAAAGGACAUAUUUUACAGUGGCAGUGUCGUAAACUUACCUGAGUACAGGCUGUCUCAAGGUGAUGUGCGGUCAUAUGUUGCCAGUGUCCUCACGCUUCCCGCGGACACGGGACCGACGGGUGCUGAAACAGCUGAUGGAAAGCCUGGGCUGAGUCUUUGCCCGCCCUGUCUGCGGCUGCCAGCAAGCAUGAGUGACACUUUUGGGGAGAUGCUUGAUAUGGGAUUACUCAAGAAUCCAGCAUUCGUGCUUAUCUGCGUGUCCAAUAUCAUCGGCAUGAUGGGCUUCUGCAUUCCUUUCAUGUACCUUGCUGACUCCGCGACGCUGAAGGGCAUUGACAAAGAGAGUAGUGCUUUCUUGCUGUCUAUCAUCGGAAUCACUAACAUGUUUGGACGUCUCUUGUUCGGCUGGCUCUCCGACUUCCCUCAAGUGAACUGUCUCUUGCUCAACAAUUUAUCGCUCUGUCUUAGUGGGGUCGCAGUUGUGGCGUUGCCCUUCUGUCAUUCGUACGCAGCUAUCGUCACCACCUGCAUUAUCUUCGGGCUUAUCGUCGCUGCAUACAUUCUUCUCACUUCAAUCAUUCUUGUGGAGCUGUUUGGAUUGGACAACCUCACAAAUUCCUUUGGAUUGCUCAGCCUGUGCAGAGGAGCUGCUUGUAUGGUCGGUCCACCACUAGCAGGAUCUAUCUUCGACAGGACUGGCUCGUACGACGUGCCUUUCUUCUUCUCGGGGUCUCUGAUGAUUGUCUCGGGGAUUAUGUCCUUCUUCAUAACACGUGUUCGAAAUCCCGUUCAAAGGGUCGACGUCGUCCAUGACAUGAACUCUCCCCUUGAAGAGAUUCCUGAAGAAGAUGACAUUUUGGAAGAGGAAGAGGAUGCGGCCAACGGGGAAACGGUUGUUUAAGGAGUGGCAGAAGAAGGAGUCUCCUACUAAACUCUUCAACGGAAAGAGGCUAUCACUACACAAUUCGGAGGUCCGUCCAAGACGGCCAACGAGAACAUUCAUCGGAUCUCGGUGUACUACUCUGCGAGGUGCCUGCAUCACAACUCCUUGUACCUGGGGAGCUUUGAAUUCACUAGAACACUCUGGAGCUACGUUUUUGUGAAGAUUCCCACCCAAGACAUGCUUUAGUAAGGCUCCUCGUUGCCAUAUUGUUCGCGUAUAUUUUUGUGAUGCUGAAGCGUACAGCAAUUACGUGGCACCACAAGCUGCGAGGGUCUCGGCUGCUUCACAAUUUUUGUGAACGCGCGGUUUACGACCAAUUGAGAAGUUUUGUCAAAGUUGCUCCAGUCAGUGCUGAGACACCGAACCGUGAUCGGCCACUGACGUUAGGUAGACGGCAUAGGUGAAGUUAAUUUAUAAGUUGUGGAUUCUGCCUGUGUGACGGCUAUGACUGCUGGAAGUUCAUUCCAACGUGCACAAGUACUGCGUUAUACCAAGUCACUCCGAGUCUGUGAUACUGCUCAGCUGGACAGAUGAUGACAUGUGUAUGAGGAGGUUGGUCUCUGCCUCCUGUGCAUGUACAGGUCACCUUGUGAUUGUGAAUGCAAUGUACAGACUGUAUCACCUAAAUAAGGGACCGCAAGCAAUUUUUGACUCUAUGAAUGGACAAAGUCAACGAACGAUUUUCCUUCAAUGGCAUUCCGUUCAGUGUGUACGAAUAUUUUGUCAGUAGGUAUUUCUUUUUUUUUUCUCGCAUUUUUAGAAAUAUGUGGCGUACUAUCGUGGUCAUCACGUCCCUCUGGUGUACAAUGGCACCCACUAUGCCCUAUGCGGUAGACCUAGAGAACCGUGUGUCACGAACGAUAAUACUUUUCGUGAAGACAAGAAUGUUUCUAAUGCUUCCAGCUAUUUUCCUCGUACUGGGCUCGAAGCGCCGUAUAACGCAGUAAAAUAAGGACCACGCGAUCACAUACCGUUACGGCAAACCUUUAGAUCCCGCGCGACCAACCAUCCAACCUUGUGUGUAUACUCCAACCUAGUCCUGCGUUCGCAUUGCGUAGCUAGUGGUAUAGAGCCGAAGAGAAAGUUCUUUGCUAGCAUCGCUAUGUGCUUGCUUUCAAGGGAGACUUCCACAGUCCAACGGUAAUGCAAUCAGUGGGUAGUGCACGCAUGUGGCCUUGAUCGAACUUCGUACGCAUUUGCCAGUACCGCCUUGAGAAUGCAGGGAUCCUGAUCCUUAAGAGGAGGAAUAAAAGUAUUAUUUGUUUA